CGAAAGGCACAGAGAUCCCAGGAUGAACACACACACAGAACAAGAUCAGGAAAUUGCAGAGUCAAAAGAAUUUUCAGGAGCAACCAUUUUUGGCUUCCUGUUUCAAAACACGUGUUCUUGGAAGCCUUCAGGAACAGCACGCGACUGCAUGCCCCAUCUGGCCCCAGGCCUGAGGCCUGUCUCCUGACCGUCCACCCCUUUAGGAUUUUACACGUGCUCAGGGACACCCCGCCUUUCCCUGGCUCCAACGGCAUUGGAGGAAGAUAGGAAGAGAACACACGCUAGCAGGAUGUUUUUUAAAGUUCUCAACACCUGAGAAUUUCACAAAUACCAUCCUAUUAAGACUUGGAGGAGGGCUUCAGGUUUCCCAUUUUGGUCUGAGGAAAUGCUGGUGUAAAAUGGCUUACCGUCUUGCCCAAGGUCAGGUGGGUGUUCUGUGUUAUAAGUCAGUUUGUGCUCUGGCUUAUCCCAGAUGUUGACAACCGGGUUACAACCUCGGGCGUGCAUCUGGGGCUGAGCUCAGCCUCAUCCGAGCAUCUUUUGGAAGCCAAGUUCCUCAGUCCAUCUCAUUCGUUCAAAGAGGGGGAAGGAUAGGAGAGAAGUCUCCCCUUUGUGGGAGGUUCCUGCUGAUGUCAAAACCCCAUGAUGUGGCCCAGCUGACAUCCUGUCUGUUAUUAGCUGCGGGCUCUGUCCUCUCCCCUGCCAGUUCCGGACAGUGCAGGCUGUAGGGGGCUGGGCAUGUCUCCCCAUUUGACCACCUUCCUGGCCCUUGCGCUCUGCCUGAGCCAAGCGCUCCACGCACAGCACGGGGUCCUGCCCAGACCCUCCAUCCGGGCAGAACCGGGCCCUGUGAUCCCCUGGGGGCAGCCUGUGAACAUCGUGUGCCAGGGACCCGCUGAGUUUGCCACAUUCCGCCUGGAGAAGAAGGGAACAAGCUCAUAUAAAGAUGAGAACCCAGGGCAGGAGACGCAGGCCAGGUUCACCAUCGCUGAGGUGAAUGAAGACACUGCCGGGCUCUAUCACUGCCGCUAUCAUACCUCUGCCGGCUGGUCUGAACCCAGUGAGGACCUGAAGCUGGAGGUGACAGCUCAGGCCGCUGACGGUGCUCGCAAUUCCUCCCUCCUAGAAGACCCACAGAUGCAGGAGGACGACAGUAGCAGUCCAGGUCUGUCGACAGAGCAUGUUUUUAUCCUCACUGGGGUCUCCGUGGCCUCGUUCCUUUGUGUCCUCCUCCUGGCCCUCAUCUUUCUCUAUUGUUGGCACCAGAAAAAACACAGGCCCCCCGGCUGCGAAGGUGAGGAGCAGAGGCCCCAGGAGAGGGUCAGCCCAGCCGUUGACAUGCUAGAGAGGACACCAGAUCUGGCCACAGUUGACAGACUUCCUGAAAAGGACGUGGAAAUGCGCGCCCCGACCCCGACAGCAGGAGGCCCCCCGGACGUGACCUAUGCUCAGCUGGACCAGCGCAUCCUCGCACAGAGGACAGCCCGAGCCGCACCCCCACGGUCCAUGGAGCCCACGGCUGACUUCAGCACAUAUGCAGCCCUCUCCAGACGCUGACUCCAGGCCCAGCUGGCCUCUGCCCCUUGACACACAGGAAGCCAUUCCCGCAGGAGCGUGGAUUGGCCAUUUGGAGGUCCUCCGAAUGGGAUCAUCCCUUCCCGGAAAGCCACACAGUCAGAUUUCCUGGAAGCAAGCGCUGGAGUCAUGAGGCCCCCAGUCAACAUCUAGGAGACUUGGGAGCCAUGUGGUCCCCCCGAAAAUCAGCUAGAUCCCUGAGAGAACGUGUAGCACUUACUUCCAAAGCCCCAGCUACAGACUCCUGGCUGUUUCCAGAGACCCAGGUAUAGUCACUUGACUGUUUCCAGAGACCCACUAUGGUCCCGCAGUCACGCAGAUGGAUUCCAGAUGUGUCCUGUGCAUCCCUAACUGCCCCCAGAAGCUCUGUUUAAAUUGUCCACUCUGCUGACUCUAAAGACCUUCCAGAAUUCUGAAGCUGACCUUGAACCUAUACUUAGGAAGCAGAUAGCCGAGACCCUGUUUUCUGGAUUAUGCUUCUCUUUGUUCAUCAAUAAAAGUUCUUACAGGCCGUCCCUGCAGCAGCCCUGCGCAGGGAGGUUGGUCCUGGUCUCUGCUCAAAGCUCAGAGCAGGAAAAAAGACAAAGGAUGCAUCAGUGUCCUCUGAACUGAGUGUCCCAGGGAGGCGUGAGGCCGCUGCUGAGGGGACGCGUGCCUGAGCAAACGUGCAGAUGAUACAGCCCUACACUCCACACACGCACGCACACACACGCGUCCACAAGUAUGUCCAUGCACACACGCUAAUGGACAUACAUACGGACCCUAUGAGGGAGCUGGUGAGGCGUGACUGCGCAGAGAGGACCCCUGAGGCCUUCAGCCCGCGCCACGGAACAUGGCAGCUUCCCGUUUCCUGUCUCCGCUCCAGGCCCGUCUAUACUGGACGCCGUGCCUUCUUCAAACACAACAGCACUGUCCAGCUCUAAGACCUUGUCCUUCAUGUGACCUUCACUCCCUCGCCCAGCUAACGCCCUUCGAGUUUGGGUUUGGACGUCAUUCUUCCUAACAGGGUUGCAACAGCUCCUCUGCGUGAAGUGAGGGUAUCGGCCUCCCACGGCUGCUGCAACAGAUCACUAUACUCUCGGUGGCUUUGGACAACACAAUUUAUUAUCUUACAUUCUGCGUGUCUGAAGUCUGAAGUCGGUUUCUCUGGGCCUAAAAUCAAGGUGUCCACACAGCCACGUUCCUUCUGGAGGCUCAAGGGGAGAAUCCAUUUGGUGACCUUUUCCAGCUUCCAGAGUCUCCUGCCUCCCUUGGUCCGUGGCCCCUUCCUCCAUCCUCCGGGAGCUCUGUGGCAUCUUUAAUUCCUGCUCUGGUUAGGACUCCUGCUUCUGCGAUGCCUCCUUCCCCUUCCUCUGACCCCCUUGCCUCCCUCUCAUAAAGACCCUCAUGCUCACAUUGGGACCACCGGACAAUCCGGGAGCAUCUCUGCUCUCCAAAUCCUGAAGUCGCUGACACCAGUAAGGAACCCGUUUGCCAUGCGGAGGGAGCAUGCAAACGGGCAGCAUGCAAAUGGGCUCGUCUCCCACUAGUCCGCAAAAUGCUGGAUGUCUGACGAUCUAAUUUCCGUGCCCCCAGAGUGACUCUGUGGAACAGAACCUGCUAUACCCUUUGUACUGGCCAUAUUUCAGGUGUCUGCAAACUGGACAUCUGUCCUAUGUGUGUGUCCUAGACACGACCUAAGUCACUGCAUUGACCUCCAACCUUCCUCACUGACCACCCUCUCCUGAGCAAAAUCCUCUUCCUGGGGGUGCCCUUUUCAAACACACACCAGCUGACCCAGUGUCCACACCCAACCACCUCCUUUACGGGGCUGUCACACUCUGGGCCACUCUCCACGUGCCCUCAUCUCCCCAGGGCCAAGGAAUGGACAACAGGGUCAUCUUCUCCACUACAGACCCCACGGAAAUUGUGGAGUCCAGCCAGUGCUAAGCCUGCUGACCCUGCCUUGCUCAUUCUUCCUGUAGAAACCACACCCAAAGCUCUUGUGCACGAUUUCCACUUGUCCCCAUCCCCUGCUGCCUGACCCUGAAGACCUGGUGCGCCCCUCCUCCUGAGGACUGUAACAAACUAUCUUCCAAUAGUGUAAUUGCUCUGUGCUCUGACCGUCCCUCACAGUUCCCACGAAUACACAGGAUUUUUAAAUCACCCUACUGCUAAAAAAAAAAAAAAAAAAAAAAAAAAAAAAAAAAAUCACCCUACUGCUGAGCUGGGAUCACGUUAAUCUGUCUGCUUCUGCGAGAGGUUAACUUCCGUCACACACACGUCAUUAUGCUCCCCUAAUCACACAUAAUCUUUUUUUUUUUUAAGAUUUUAUUUCUUUAUUUGACAGACAGAGAUCACAAGUAGGCAGAGAGGCAGGCAGAGAGAGAGGAGGAAGCAGGCUCCCCACUGAGCAGAGAGGCCGAUGUGGGGCUCAAUCCCAGGACCCUGGGAUCAUGACCUGAGCUGAAGGCAGAGGCUUUAACGCACUGAGCCCCACCCAGGCGCCCCCAUCACACAUAUUCUAAUGGGGAUGGGGCAUGGGCACCUUGGGGCUGAUUCCUGAGAGCCUCCUGCCUUGUGGUGUGCAGACAGCAGAUCGCCAUGUUUCCCUGGAUCCGCUCUCUGUCUUCCGUUUCACAUCACAUGGUGUCCAGAUUCCGUGACCGGGAGGUGCCCUCACACCCCUCUCUCCCUGAUGCCCCGGGCCUGACCACACACGGUCUUAUGGUGGUCUCAUGGAUCUGAUAUUUGAACGGGAUCCUCUCCUCCCUUCUUCAUGGUCCCUGUUAUUUCUCAGUGUCCCUACGCACAGAUUAGGCUUCUGUUCACAGUUGCCGGCUCGACUUCUUAGCACCGUUGUUGCUUGCUACAGGGUCUAUAGACAAGGUAGCCCCGUGCUGCCUCCACAACAAACACUUGGGACCUGCACAACCACGCCCCCGCAGCGGGACCAGCUGUGCCUCCAGAGGCUGUGGGGUAUCCGAGAUGACUUGCCAGGAGAGCCCCGAGAGCACUGGGGGUAGGACCUGUUGUGUUUGUACCUGACUUAUGGGGUCAGCCCCAAGGACCCCACUGAGAUUAAAAUGGACUAUUACUCUGACAACUGCUAGGGAGUGUGAGUGGCUCGU